AUGGAGAAACCUCCACUGCCCGACCGCGCGGACACCAACAGAGAGCCCAGCCCCCCACCAUACACUCCAUAUGUUGACCCUCAGGUGACUGCCGAAUCAGGCGAUGUUAAGACCGAUGGACGUAUCGAUGUUAACCUCAACUCCAAACUCGCCAAAUCACUGGCCCAAAUCGCAAAACAAGAGCUGAAAGAGCUGAAAGAUAACUACCCACCACUGUCUCAACAGACUGAACCUCGACCAUCACAGGUCUGCGACAUAAAACUCAACAUCGUCAUUCAAAUAGUCGGCAGUCGCGGUGACGUCCAGCCCUUCAUCGCACUAGGAAAUGCCCUCCAAAGUCACGGCCACCGAGUCCGCAUCGCCACGCACGGCGUCUUCGAGAAAUUCGUCAAGGACUCAUUUCUGGAAUUCUUCCCUAUUGGCGGCGACCCGGCACAACUCAUGGCGUACAUGGUCAAGAAUCCCGGACUAAUACCGCAAAUGCAAACCCUUCGCGAUGGCGAGAUUAAGAAGAAACAGCGAAUGGUUGCGGAAAUGUUGGAUGGGUGUUGGAGAUCUUGUAUCGCGGACGAUCCGACGAGUCAGGAACCCUUUGUCGCUGAUGCGAUUAUUGCCAAUCCGCCGAGUUUUGCUCAUGUGCAUUGUGCGCAGGCGUUGGGCAUCCCGGUUCAUUUGAUGUUUACUAUGCCUUGGAGUACAACUAGAGCGUUUCCUCAUCCGUUGGCGAACUUGAGUCAGAGUUUGAACCCGGAGAUUAUGAAUACGCCUACGGCGAAUUGGGUUUCUUAUGGGAUUGUGGAAUGGUUGACGUGGCAGGGGUUGGGUGAUGUGAUUAAUCGAUUUAGAUCGUCUAUUGAUCUCGCAUCGGUUCCUGCUACAGAGGGCCCUUGUUUAGCGGAAGCUUUGGAAAUUCCGUUCACCUACUGUUGGUCCCCGGCAUUAGUUCCACGCCCAACUGACUGGCCAUCACAUAUCGAUGUCGUUGGAUUCUUCUUCGCAGAUACCCCUGAAUAUACACCCCCUCCAGAUCUGGCAGAAUUCCUUCAAGCAGGGCCACCCCCUGUGUAUAUUGGCUUUGGCAGUAUCGUCGUUGAUGACCCUCAAAAGCUCAUUAAGACAGUUGUUGAAGCGGUCAAGCUGGCUGGCAUACGAGCCAUUGUUUCAAAGGGUUGGAGUGAACUCGCUGGAACCUCAGAUGAGAAUAUUUACUAUAUCGGCGACUGCCCGCACGGAUGGCUUUUCCAACAGGUGGCCGCAGUAGUCCACCACGGUGGCGCUGGAACGACUGCCUGCGGACUGCAAAAUGGAAAGCCUACCACUAUUGUACCGUUCUUCGGCGAUCAACCCUUCUGGGGCGAUAUGGUCGCCAAAGCCGGCGCUGGCCCCGAGCCAAUCCCGCAUAAAGACCUUGAGCCUGAGCUCCUGGCUUCUGCAAUGCAAUUUUGCCUGACGCCAGAAGCAUCAGAAGCUGCACAGGAAAUUGCUAUCAAGAUGCAGGCCGACUCAGGCGUGUCGGCAGCAGUGGACUCGUUCCACCGGAAUCUACCGCUCGAUCGAAUGCGAUGCAGUAUCAUGCCCGAUCAAGUCGCGGUGUGGAAAUAUAAGAAUGAGAAACACCGUUUAAUUUUGUCAAAGACAGCAGCAGAGGUCUUAAUCGAGCACAACAAGAUUAACUCCGAAAACAUCAAAUGCUACCCAGCCAACCCAAUUUUGAUCGUCAAUCGACGCUGGGACCCUCUAACAGGCGUCCUCUCCGCAGCAACAGCAACGGGCGCAAACAUGGCAAAAUCAACAGGCGAAAUGUUCUACAACCCAUACAAAGAAUUCAAACGCAGUCGCACAAACGCGACGGGCGAUCCAUCCUCAUCCCGAUCUCUCGAAAACCGCCAGGACUCAUUCGGAACAGCGGGUAAAAUGGCAGGCGCGGGGUUACAAGGCUUUGGGAAAUUCUCCGGCACCUAUCUGCGAGGCGUGAUGGUUGACAUUCCACACGCGGCAGCUGAGGGGUUCCGACGGGCACCGCAACUUUACGGCGAGAAGCCGAAGGAAUACGGACACGUUUCUGAUUGGAAAUCGGGUAUCGCGGUUGGCGGGAAGAAUUUUGUUGGCGGUAUGGCUGGGGGCGUAGCGGGGAUGUUUACCGAGCCGUUGAAGGGUGCGUUGGAUGGAGGGAAGGAUGGUGCUAUCAAGGGUCUUACGAGGGGCGCUUUGGGGAUGGCGACGAAGAUGCCUUCUGGUGAGUUUCGUCGCUUUGUUUGUGCAACUGAAUGCAAUGCUAACACUUUGCCUUUCGCUGAAGCUGGUAUCGGAUUGAUGGCUUACCCGUUCCAUGGUAUUUCGAAGAGCAUCGAGGCUGCGUUUAGGACGAAGACUCCUAAGGCUAUUGUUGCUGCGAGGUUAAGGGAGGGUUAUGCGCAUGCGCAGCGAUUGAAUUUAUCGAAGGAAGAGCAAGAGGAAAUUAUACAGAUUUUUGAGAUUCUGUUGAGCUCAAUGCCUAGAUGA